AUGAAGGGGAUCAAACUACGAGAACGGGAAUACGACAAGGAUGUUGACGAUGAAGACGGGCUGCUGACAUCCUCUUUGCAGACAGAAGUAGACGAGACGGUGAAGAAGCUUUCUGAGUACCCCGGAUUCGUCGGGUUCUUGAUCAUCAAUGCUGACGGCAUUCCCAUCCGAACCUCGAUGGAGAAAGGAGAGGCGGUGCACUAUGCUGGGCUCCUCAGCCUGCUUGCCAACAAGGCGCGCUCGUCGAUCCGAGAGCUCGACCCGCAAAACGACGUGACCUUCCUGCGACUGAGGUCAAACAAGCAUGAGAUCAUCAUAGCGCCAGAUAAGGAAUACAUUCUCAUCGUUAUCCAGAACCCAAUCGUGACAUGA